AUCCUUCUGCGAUUCGCUUCUUGGAUAAAUUUUUUUUUUUUUGGAAAGUUGUCACCCAAGAUGGCAUCGGUCAUCGUGACAAACGUGGAGAUAUUAGAUAAUCCAGCCGAAUUCACGAAGAAGUUCAGAUUUAAGGUCACGCUUCAAUGCCUUACUCCUAUUAAAGAUGAUCUUGAAUUUAAUGUUUUAUAUAUCGGAAGUGCUGACUCGAACAAAUACGAUCAGCUUUUAGACAGCGUCUUGCUUGGCCCGAUCCCAACUGGUGUGAGCAGCUUUAUUCUAGAAGUCGACCCGCCUAACAUUUCUCGAAUUCCUCGUUCUGAAUGGCUGGGCAUUACGGCCUUAUUGUUGACUUGCUCUUACCACAACCAAGAAUUCAUUCGCGUUGGAUAUUUUGUGAACAACGAAUACAUCGGCCCAGAACUCCAAGAAGAUCCAGAGUCGAUUGCCAACGCCAGCCGGCUUUUGAACCAGGCAUACAGCGCGGAGUCUAAAGAAGAGGACUGCAUCGAAGAAGACGAAGAGGAGGGCGACGACAACGAAGACAACGAAGACAACGAAGACGAAUCCGAAGAAAAUGAAGAGGAAGAAGAAGACGAGGAAGACGAAGAUUCAAUCAUCGUCGAAGACGAUGAAGAAAAAAAUCAAGAGUCUAGUCCAUCUGUAGCAGUACCAUCCAUUGAAUUAGAAGAAAAAGAACCCUUCAAUUCGCCUUAUUUAGAUAUGAACAAAGAUGAUUUGAUUCAAGAAUAUGUUCCUCCUGUCGAUCCCAGAUAUGAGCCCAUCUUCUCUGAGCUGAACAAACAAGAACUGGUUCAUGACGAAUCUGACAUGUUUUUCUCUAUCACUCCUCCUAAGGAAGCCGAGGACAAGCUGUCUCCUUCCUCCAGCCCGCAAAUCCACCCCGACCAAUUCUCGCCUCAAUCUCCUUCGGUCUCUAAAGACUCCUCUCACCUACCUGCCGCAGCGGACCACUCCCAACCAGAAGAAGGUACUUGGAACCUGGUCGAAGAGACCCCUCACGAGGCACCCCCCAGAUGGUAUCUGAACGUCAACCCAAACCUCAUUCAGCGCAACGUGCUAGCCGACAAGCCCAGAGUUACCCUGUUCAAUAUCAACUGGUCUGACUGAAGCACGUCCACUGUCUGCACAGAUCGGCAACACCGCGCCGGUUAGCUUCCCAACUCGGCACCCUGGACCCCCAUCCCCGACUUAAUUCCAUACUUCAUCCUACUGCAUAUGCGCAAGUUGAAUGUGUACCUGUACAGAUAACAUACUGUCCGUAUUCGUGUUUAUCCAUACCGUUUUUUUCCAGUCUCUUCUCAAGCUUUCACGCACUUCUCCUUAGCCUCGUAAAAUUCGUGUUUUGUGUCAGAAUUUUUGCGCACAAGCAAACAGACCAUUAAAUAAAGGCGUACAAUCUCAACAACGCGUCCGGCUCUGUGCGUUAUGUAGACAAACUCGCUUUCUAGUUGCGUCGAAACUUGGCCAAAAGCGCAACCGCUCGGUUCGGUCUGGCUCAGGCGCCCUGCCAUCGAUUCCAACUGCAUCGCGCAGAGCGAAACAGUCGCGAAAAACCGUCGGCCUCAAGCAAUCGCUGAAAAUUGGUCCAAGCGCAAGAACGUUUAAAAAAAUUUUACAAAAACCAAUUGCAAUAAUUGAGUCGUUCAAAAAUACCUUCGACCACAAAAACUCAGGGAAGCACAUGCGCAUUACACAGCCUAAUUCGAUUGAGUCUGCCGAACGCCUCCAAAAGCAGACAACGUAAAUUAUUGACACCCCCUGUAGACAAAGCCCGUUGCCCUAAGCUAAAAAUCACCCAUACGAAAAAUUAUCGCAAAAUAUAUUUUUGGUUUUUCAAUAUUUAAAGAAAACAAAGGCUAUUUUUUAAUAUGCUUCUUAUACACCUUUUAGCUAACGGCCCGAGUCGUGGCUAGCCCGCAAAUAAGCUGAGCCGUUUUGAAAAUUUCCUCUAGAGCAAUUUGAAUAUUCUUAUGCGUCUCUUUGUCUCUGAGGGCUUACCCGAUUCUUCUGCGAGAAGUUGGACUGAAGUGCUAGAAAAAAUAUUUACAUAUUUAAAGAGCAAGGACGAAAUCAAUCUUUUUGACACAGCGCAUCUAAUAUCGGAACGUGUGUCUUCACGACUUUUCGAAGAUAAUGAUGGCGACACUUUUAGAGUGUUCGUCAAUAGCGCCGUUUCCUAUUUCUCGUCUCUAAAGAAUGAACAACACAGAAAAAUUGCUCUUGCUAUUAUUUUAUCAAUCAGGGAAUUGAUAGCUGCGAAUGUCUAUAUAUACCUGCACGCGAUAGACCAGAAAUCCUUGUGUAAAUUCUUGCGAAUCUGUCUAAAUUCAUCUGACGCGAGUGUUCUUACCCAGACAGGUCAGCUAUUUGUAGGUAUAUCUUGCAUCCCGAUACAAAUGAUCAAUGAAGUGUGUGUCUCGGAAUUCAGGCGUAUCCUCGACGACCUGAUGAACCAAUCUACUAGCAUAUCUCGCCGUCAUGGUAUUCUGUUUAUCCUCAAGGCGUUGAUAUCAGGCUCUCCAACGUUUUUUUAUAACCAAAUAAACCAUUUUAUGGAUCGUAUGUUGAUAUUGUUGCAUGACCCAGACUCUGGAAUACGUGAAUCGGCAGUCGCAGCGAUAGGUCUGACUUGGCCUCUUAUUGAGGAGCGGAGUGAGUUAUCAAAUUUCACUCAGCAUUUGUACCAAAAGAUUACAUUUGUUUGCUUUCAUUCGGCGUCUAAACAUGCAAUACACGGAUCCCUGCUAUUGCUGGGUGAGCUUCUGCGAUGUAAGCAUAUCGUGAGCGACCAGAUUGACGAAAUUUGUGUUAUUUUGAAAGAAUACGUAGCUGACCCCAAGCAAGUAUGGAUGAUCAAGCACGCAGUCUUGACGCUGGUGCCGUACGUGGCAUCUAUAGAUCCAGACAAAUUCGUCCUCAAACAUUUGCCAGAGUUUUUAACCCACAUAAUUAAUAUUAUUGUGUUCGGCCACCCCAAAUCGAAGCUUUCGAAUGCGGUAUUAGCCUUGGCAGAGAUCGCCUUGGCGCUUUCGUCCAAUAAAGACCAUUCAAAUAUUUUAUUGCCAUGCAUGUUCGUCAUUGGAAAAAUUAUUCAAGACAGCCUAAUUAAGCCUUCCAGUCAGGCGAAAAAAAACUGUUUGACGUCUUCUAAAAACAACAAAGACAUACAAACAAAGAAAAAGUCAUCAGAAGAGAAGCUCGUGGAAGCGUUAACGAGCGAAGACAAUAGGGUGAUUGAAUCGUGUAAUAUUUUAGAACCUCUGCACCUGUCAUCAAAUAUUAAAAUCAGCAAUCAGACGUUGAAUAAACCAUCGAAAAAUGGGCGUGUCAGGCAUAGAUGUCGUGCCUCAAUAGAAAAAGAGAGCUUGGACAAAGGCCUUUUUGAAUAUUCUGCUGACUUGGCUCUUUCAAGAGAAAACACUUGUAUAAGUGGUUCGAACGCCGAGAAACCCGCAAACUCAGAUUAUGAUUUCAGGACAUGCACAAUUUGUGUAAGGCAUAUGUCAUUUGUGCACCAGCUGAACACCUUCAUUCGACACUCUCCUAUGCGCGCUGAGAUGGAAGAAAUUUACCAAUUGCUGCCGAAGCUACUAUCGAAUAAACCACCGAAGCAGAUACCAUUUGAUGUGGAAGAUGUACUUAAAUGUGUGUCGAUUCUUGUGAAAAUAUUGGGUUUUAAGUUUUUGAGAGUUGUCUGCAUGCACGCACUUUUGGAUCAAAUUUUUGAGCUUCAACUAUCUUUGCAACAGAUUGAAACAUUAAAGACAUGUAUAGAAUGCAUUCCGUUUUUAGCAGAAGGUAUUUACUCUCGCCUGACUCGUAAGCUGAGCAACAUCUUAAUUGAAGGGUAUUCACUGAGUGAGCUGGACUGUGAAAACAGCAUUAAAAAAAGCAAAAAAAA